UUAUGGCCACCAACAGCUCAGCAGGGCCCUGGGCCAACAGCUCCCUGAGCCUCCAUUGGGGGCUCAACUCCAGCCUCAGGCUCAGCUGCAAGGCCCAGAAUGUCUAUGGGGCCCAGAGUGGCACCGUCCUGCUGCUGCCAGGGAAGCCAGAGCCCAGGACAGGAUUUACUCUGGGAGCCGUGGUCGGGGCCGGUGUCACUGCCCUGCUCUCUCUCUGCUCCUGCUUCGCCUUGCUCAGGGUGAAGACCUGCAGGAAGGAUACACCCUCCACCCUAGAUCCCACUUCCCUGGGUGACCAGCAUGAGUGCCCCCCAGCCCCUGCUGUAGCCACCCCCACCCCCGGGGAGGAGGAGGAGGAGCUCCAUUAUGCCUCCCUCAGCUUUCAUGAGCUCCGGCACCAGAAGUGUCAGGACUAGGAGGCCACCAGCUCCACCAGAGAUCAAGAUCCAUAAGUGAUGACCUUGCUGCAGGUCCCAGGGCUUCUCUGGGGAGGGCCAUGUCAGGGAUGGUUCCUGCAUCACAGUCCCCAUGUGAACAAGAUAUCAACUAGCUUAUAGGAGUCCCACUUUCUACUUGUGGUGAUGAGCAGAACUGGCCUCAAAUUUCAGCCCCACCCCCAGAUGAGAACUUGAGCUUGGUGGUGCUUGGUGGUACCUUUCAGGGACCCACCUCUGAAGUUUGUCACUGGAGCAUUUUCCUUAAAAACCUGUUGUUCCUGCUGUUC